AUGUCAUCGGCAAGAGCUCCUCCAACUGCUAUUCGACGAGUAGCAAGUGCUUCUCGUGCUCAAAUAACACAAUCAUCGCCUUCUAAUUCAACGAGAUUGUCAAAACCGUCUGAUAAAUUAUGUCCAAAAACGAUUGAUGUAUUUUCCACAAAUACAACAAAACAACGUUCACCAUUUGCCGAUGCAUUUGCAUCUGGUCGUAUUCCAUGUCGUCUCAUACACGGCUCGGUUAAAAAUCGUCUCGCAUGGAAUACACAAAUCGAAGAUUUAAAUUACGAUCCAGUUCUUAUUUUAUUAGCCGAAGGUUUGAGAGAGAUAGAUUUUCCGUUAACAUUUAUAUCACGUCAAGGUUUUCAAGAAUUAUUAGCUACAAUCAAUGCAAAACAAAAGGUAUUACCAUUGUUAACACGCUUAAUUAAUCCAAUUAAAUUAGCGUUGAACAGUAGUGAAGAUGAGCUAUUUGAAGCGGCAUUGAACGCAUUAACACAGUUGAGUACAAUUGUGGGCAGUGAGUUAGAUAAACAUUUGAAAACAUAUCUAAGCAUUUUAGCAAAACGAAUGUCAAAAGGAAAGCACCGAGAUUUUGUCGCAAAUGCACUAAAUAUAUUCGAAGAAAAUGGUGGAAAAGAUGUUUUACCGAUUAUUAAAGCGAAAAUACCAACAUAUUGUAGUGUUCACAUCGGAUAA